AUGGCUGAUCAAUUAACUGAAGAGCAGAUAGCCGAAUUUAAAGAAGCUUUUUCCCUGUUUGACAAGGAUGGCGAUGGAACAAUUACUACCAAAGAGUUAGGUACAGUCAUGCGUAGUCUCGGUCAAAAUCCAACAGAAGCUGAAUUGCAAGACAUGAUCAAUGAAGUUGAUGCUGAUGGUAAUGGUACCAUCGAUUUUCCUGAGUUUUUAACAAUGAUGGCACGUAAAAUGAAGGACACAGAUUCAGAAGAGGAAAUUCGCGAAGCAUUCCGCGUGUUUGAUAAGGAUGGAAAUGGAUUUAUAUCAGCUGCUGAACUUCGACACGUUAUGACGAAUUUGGGUGAAAAACUCACUGACGAAGAAGUCGAUGAAAUGAUUCGAGAAGCAGAUAUUGAUGGAGAUGGGCAAGUCAAUUAUGAAGAAUUCGUAACAAUGAUGACCUCGAAGUAA